AUGGUUGCUCGGGGUUCAGAGGAGUAUGAUUGGGAAGAAGUUUUCUCUUGUUAUGAUGCAACCGUUGGUUUUCCAUCGUGUAUCUAUUACGAGGAACUAGUGAGAAGAUAUCCUGAUGCUAAAGUGAUAUUGGGAGUGCGCGAUCCAGAUAAAUGGUAUAAGAGUGUCAAAGAUACAAUUUAUGAGGCGCGACAUCGAUUUCCUGGCCGUUAUGUAAAACGAUUCAACCUACUAAAUUAUGGUUGGAAAUUCUGGGAAUCAUAUAGAAUUGAUAAAAUGUCUCGGGCAAUCAUAUGGACAAAAACCUUUCAUAAUCGAUUUGAAGAUAAACAAUUUGCAAUUGAAUUGUUUCAGCAGCAUUAUGCUAGAGUUCAGCGUGUAGUGCCAAAGGAGCGUUUACUUGUUUAUGAUGUCAGCCAAGGUUGGGCACCAUUAUGUCAAUUUUUAAAUGUUCCAGUACCGUCGGAAGAGUUUCCCCGUGUAAAUGAUACUAAUAGUCAUCGUAGAGACAUCGAGAGAGAAAAUCGACUCGGCUGGCUUAUUGUUAUUGGUUUAACUAGUAUUUUAUUGGCUAUUAUUUUAGUCUUUCCAGUGUCGUUCAUGAGGAAAACUUGCUAA